AUGUACUCCAUCAACGAGGCUUUCCUGAUCCUGGCUUUCACAGCGGCAUAUGUCGUCGACGCAACACCUUUCUCCUUCCAAACCCGUCAAUCAGCCUGCUUCCUCGUUGGCACCACUACUCUUCCCGCCGAAGUAGCUGACGUCGCCACCUCCCUCGCCUCAACCAUAACCUGCUCUGCCGACGUGACAACGAUCGGCAACGUACCAGACGUAACAUCCGGCAGCACCACUUUCUCUUCCAUAGACUUCUCCGCAUCCUCUCAAUCCCCGCUCCAGUUCGCCCUCAGCGAAUUCGCCACAUCUGACCCUCUAGCAUCGACGUCCCUGGCUACCUUCCAAGACAAACUCAACGUCUACCUCGCUACCGAAGCAGGAAUUCGAAGCGAAGGGGGCAGCUUAGCCAUCAAAGUACCCAAGUUCUUUCUUGCUUUCCAAGUUGCCCGGAUCAAGACAGCGCAGGGCGAGGCAAUCUCAGACCCCGGACAGACGGUGGAGCAUCUGUUGGGGAAGGUAACAAAGAAUGCCGCUGGGGAGAGCGCGGAUCUGCUGGAUCAGGUUACUGCGCUGGCGUCGCAACUUUCGUGA